CCAUUAUUUAUUUUCUAGUUUGUUUUCCCUUUGGGUUUGGCAAUGCAGCCAUUCCAUGAUUAUCGGAAGAAAUCUCAAGAGCUUAUUCGACAAAACGAACGAUCGUGAGAAGGAAACCCCUCAAAGUUUCCUGAUUCGUAUCGAAUUCGAUCACCAGUAGACUACUAGUACAAGGGUGUGCUGUUUCUUGGCCACAAUUUCUAAUGAAUCAUCGAUGAAAAACCCUAAUAAUUCAAAUAAGAAUCAGCAGAAUCGUCGUCGAUGCAUGAAUAUAAUUCGCUGGAUCUCAAUUGGUAUCUUAAGUUCGGCAUCACAGCUUUCGCUGUUCUCUUUGGAUUGAUUUACCUAGUGAAGAACACUGCUGCCAAGUACUUCGUUGUUGACGGAGACGACGACGCCCGUUUCGAUUCCCAUUCUCAAUCUUCUUCUCCCACCGCUUCAUCCGACUCUAUUGUAUCCCCUUCGUCGUCGUCGUCGAUGCCGGGUAUUGUUGCAAUCAGUGACUCAUGCGUUGUCUGCGGUAGCUUGACGAAGAAAUAUUGUUCCCGAUGCAAAGGGGUCCGAUACUGCUCAGAAUCAUGUCAAAGAUCUCAUUGGUUCUCUGGGCACAAGGAAAAAUGUGAAGAAAUUCGGCUGUCUAGCAAAUCAAGUUUGCAAGGAAGGAGAAACCCUACUGGGAUUACACUAGUUUCUAGCACAGGGAAUUCUACCCAAAUAAAAAAGAUUCUUUUCCCCUAUGACAAAUUUGUGGAGCUAUUCAACUGGAAGAAACAAGGCUUCCCCCCUUGUGGGCUUCUCAAUUGUGGAAACAGCUGCUUUGCCAAUGUAGUAUUACAAUGUUUAGCAUACACUCGACCACUUGCUGCCUAUUUGUUGGAGAAAGGCCAUCGUAGGGAAUGCAGGAGAAAUGAUUGGUGUUUCUUGUGUGAACUUCAAGCUCAUGUGGAAAGAGCUAGCCAAAGUCACCAUGCUUUUUCACCAAUCAAUAUUUUAUCAAGAUUGCCUAAUAUUGGUGGAAAUCUUGGCUAUGGAAAACAGGAGGAUGCCCAUGAGUUCAUGAGGUUUGUAAUUGAUACAAUGCAAUCAGUUUGUCUUGAUGAAUAUGGUGGUGAAAGAGCAGUGCAUCCUACUUCUCAAGAGACAACUCUUAUUCAACAUAUAUUUGGGGGUCGCCUCCAAUCUCAGGUGAUAUGUACAAAAUGCAAUAACGUGUCAAACCAGUUUGAAAAUAUGAUGGAUUUGACUGUGGAAAUUCAAGGAGAUGCUGCAUCUCUUGAGGAAUGCUUAGACCAAUUUACAGCAAAAGAAUGGCUUGAAGGAGAUAAUAUGUACAAAUGUGAUGGAUGUAAUGAGUAUGUGUUAGCAUGGAAACGCCUAAGCAUUCAUAUGCCUCCAAAUAUUCUUACAAUUGCAUUAAAGAGGUUUCAGAGUGGAAGAUUUGGGAAACUUAAUAAGAGGGUGACAUUCCCUGAGACUUUGGAUCUUAGUCCUUACAUGAGUGAAGCUGCAGAUGGAAAUGAUAAAUACAGGCUAUAUGCAGUUGUUGUCCAUGUUGAUAUGCUCAAUGCAUCAUAUUUUGGUCAUUACGUUUGUUAUACCAAGGACUUUUCUGGAAAUUGGUAUAGAAUUGAUGAUUGCAAGGUGGAUACAGUUGAACUGGAUGAAGUGCUCUCUCAAGGGGCCUAUAUGCUUCUGUAUAACAGGGUCUCUGCCAGAGAAUCAUGCUUAAAUCCAAUCAAGGAAACUUCUAGAAAAGAAGAGCUUGAAACACCGAAUUCCUCCCAACAAAAGACACCUGUCGAAUGCUCAUUGGCUGCAGAAUCCAUUGAUCCUACUAACAAUAAUUCUAAUAAUCCUUUGUCACCAAUUUCCAUGUCUCAAAACUCAUCCGACCCUACCAUGGACAUCGAUACACCAGAUUCAAACCCCAAUUCCCCUGUUUCAGUGGAUGCCGGAGAUCUUGCCGGAAACUGUAAGGAUUCCGGCGACCGGACCGCCACUUUUCCGGUUGAAGAUACCGAACCGCCACCAGUGGUUUGCCCUAACGAAACCGAUAUAACAAAAAAGCCUGAUUCUGUUCAUGUCAACGGAAACGGAAUGGAAUCCGUAACUUUGGAAUGCGAUCCCGGAAAAUCCGAUUCCAUUCUGGAGGACGAUUCCGCGAAACUGUUGAAGACAAAUUCUUCAAAAUUGAAACCGCUAAUCUCCCCGGGAUUCUUCGGGAAACGACCUCGGAAAAUUCUAAAUAAUACCAAGAAAGACGAGAAUGCCCUUGGUGAAAAGGAACAGGCCAAUGGGGAUUUGACACCUGGCAAAGAGAAACAUUGCUUCAAGAAUAAUGGUUUGAUAUCAUCGGUGGAAAGUGAAUCGAUUGUGGUUAAUGGAAGCUUGAGUGAUUGAUGUAAGGAGUAAGGAAGAUGAGUCUUUGGGUUAAUGAAGUUGGAGGUUAUAACAUUAUUUAAGAGGAAAAAGAAUUGGAAAUAGAGGGAUGGGUGUGUUGAUGUUUUGGUUUAUUUUAAUUUAGGGUAAGAAAUAGCAAUGUAGUUUUGAGGGGCAUUCUUUUGACUUUUUAAUUAUUUGGUUGUAUUCUUGAAGAGACAAGAGUAUUAUU